AUGACCAUUCCUACCUUUGUGAUUGUUACCUCAUCCUACCAUCCAGCGGAUGACGAUGAUCUUUCUGUGGUUUCAUCCGAUUGCUCCAUGGUGGACGACAAGCAGAGCUGCUGCGCUCCUGAUUCUCCCACCAGUACUACUACGACUACAAGUUCGUUUGUGAAUGGAUGCGGGAAAGGUGGCCCUGAUCGCUGGGGAUCUUCUGAGCACAAGAGCAAAAGCAAUAACAGCUGCUGCAGUCAUGGCUGCGGCGGCAGUGCGGCCCAUUCUCAUGCUGCUGAUGGCCCAGACUUACCCUUCAGCCCCGUGGCAGGUUCGGUUCAUAGUCGUCUGAGCAAUCACUCUCGUCGCUUUUCCAGCAACAGUGCAGGCCUUGCUGCCUUGCCAAGAUCGGCUUCCAAGAGACACUUGCUCAACUACGAAAGCCUUGCAGAACGAAGACGAGACUUGGCAGCCAUGGCAAACAGCAAUCAUGGCAGCGAGGGCGCUGCAACCCACCCCAUCACAGGCCCUUUGACCGGUGCUAACAGCAAGCUGUCGUUGCCCCCUAAAGUCAACAUUCGAGCGCUCAUGCGAACACCCCAGGGACGCUGCUCACUCUGUCCACCACCAAGACCCCAGAGACUUGCCAGCAACGGCGAGAAGCAACAGUAG